UCAAACGGAACGCCUCCUUCACAUUUCCGCGAUGUCUGACAUCCAGCCCUGCCUCAGCAUAGGAAGUCGAGCACGCGCACACUAACAUUGACAGACCAUUUACAGUUAAUAAGAUACAAUGAGCGAAAUAAAACAAACAGAAGUGGCUACAACUGACAAAAAGGAAGCUUUAGCAGAGGAAAAGGACUGGGCAGCUGCUAAGGCGCACUUUGAAAACUUAAAAUCAACCAAACCGAGACCCCCCAAGCCGAAAUAUGCAGUUACUAUCGCAGUUUCUUCCCGUACCUUGUUUGAUAUGGUGGCAGAAAGGAAGAUAUUUGAGGAAGAAGGACUGGAGAAGUAUGUUCAACAUCAGCAAGAGCACGAGAACGAGCCUCUGAAACAAGGACCCGCCUUUCCUUUCGUUAAAGCACUGAUGACUGUAAAUGAACGGCUGAGGAAUCUCUAUCCAGACAGUGAAGAGCUGUUUGACAUUGUUCUCAUGACCAAUAAUCACGCCCAAGUUGGGGUGCGACUCAUGAACAGCAUAAAUCACUAUGAUUUGACGAUAGAGCGAUUUUGCAUGACUGGAGGUCAGAGCCCAAUUGGCUACCUCAAGGCCUACAUGACUAACCUAUAUCUCUCCAAAGACUCCAAGAAAGUCCAGGAGGCCAUUGAGGAGGGAAUAGCAGCAGCCAUCAUGUUUAAGCCUGAUGUGGAAUCUCAGCUGUCUGAGACUCAGCUGCGCGUGGCUUUCGAUGGGGAUGCUGUGCUCUUCUCUGACGAGUCUGAGAUCAUAGUGAAACAGCAUGGCCUGGACACAUUCUUUGAGCAUGAAAAACAACAUGAGAAUAAACCACUAGCACAGGGUCCCCUUAAGUGCUUUCUGGAGGCUCUAGGAAAGCUCCAGAAGAAAUUUUACGCCAAAAAUGAGCGACUGGACUGCCCUAUCCGCACCUUUUUGGUGACAGCCAGAAGUGCAGCCAGCUCUGGGGUCCGUGUGCUUAAGACACUCAGAAGCUGGGGCCUGGAGAUCGAUGAGGCUUUGUUCCUUGCUGGGGCCCCUAAAGGGCCCCUGCUGCAGAAGAUUCGCCCGCACAUAUUCUUUGACGACCAGAUGUUCCACAUUGAGGGGGCCAAGGAGAUGGGCACUAUUGCUGCCCACGUGCCAUAUGGGAUAGGACAGAAAUAUAACAAAGGGAAGCUGAUUGAACCAGAAAAGCAGCAGAAAUAAGAGACCGUAAUAAUGUUACAGAUCAGCCACAAAGGGAGUUCAUUAUAUAGCUUAUAUUGUUUAGAUGAAGACAUCUUUCUCUUACUUAAUAAUGCAAACAUGUCAUAGAAACUGCUGUGUAGAAGUAUGUUUUCUGAACAUAGUUUUUCUCACACAAAAACUUUUCUAAUGAAUUUUUUUUAUUAGCAAUAAUGC